AUGGAUAAGAGCGUGUGCAGAGAGGAGGCACACUUCCUACCCAACAGUCUCUUCUAUGCCCGGACACAUCAUUCAGCCACUCAGCGCGUCUGCACUGCCAGUGGCAACAAGGAACCACCAGCGCCACGCAUUCACUGUUUCCUCUGUGAACUUCCCCGCAGUCCCUGGGCUCUCAUUUUCGAUUAUAGCCUGCCCGUCUGCCGGGGCUGUGUUAACUACGAAGGCGCUGAUCGUGUGGAACAGGUCAUUCAGUGGGCUCUUGCCCAGAAGACCUGCCAGGACUUCCCAGCUGGCAGCAAACAGUCUUUUGGCGGAGAACAGAGUCAGACUACGGGCGUGGCUGCGAACGCCCCCCUGCUUCACCGCUGUGCGCCCCUAACACCCGCCUCCGCCUCAUGUACUUCACCGUCCUCGCGUCUUCAUCUGACCUCCCCAACCUCCACAGUGAGCGUCAGAGAUGAGGCUCCAACCGGUAAGUACACCCAUACUGUCUCAACCGCAUCCGGUACUGACAUCGCCACAGCAAGCUUUGCCAACGUUGCAGGCAACGUGACUGCCACACGAAAUACAAUCGAUGCGAUCAGAUCCCUGAAUGGCAAUUCAGCCACAGUUGCGGCAGCAGUUUACUUUGAAGCACUGCGUAUCCUAAGGUUGCGUCAUGCCAAUGAGCCAUCCCUGGACUGUAUUCGCCUGCCCCAUCUGGUGCGCCUACGUACACGUCCCGCCUGUACUGCACUCCUUGUCGGUCUUAUGGAUUCUAACGCCCUGGUAAGCUGUCGCGAGAGACCCUUCUUUGAAUUUCCGCCUGGAUCCGGCCACUUGGUUCGCGGACUAGACAACCUGACGGAGGAAAUGUGUGCGAGGGAGGGUGAUCAGGGUCCUGAGUCAGCGGCCGCGGCAGUAAUCGAGGUGGAACUGCCUGCUCAGAGCAACCGGUGGCAUAGUCUGGAUCGUCUGCUCAAUCUUCUCACACCUACGAUUGGUCCUUUAGCGCCGGUUAUGGAGGAACUUCAACACAAACAGCAGUCAGGCAACUGCAGCCUGCUCUUUCCUAACUCAGACCUCGAUCCUGAGAGGCGACAAUCCGGGCAGGGACGUUCUUGCAACGAUAUUACCAGCUCCACCGACAGGGAUAGUAUUGGUAAGACUGGCAGCGAAGUGGCCGGAGCGACACCGGCGGCGGCGGCGGCGGUGGCGACAGAAAAGGUCAAAUGCCUCUUCUGUGCAGUCUGCCUCGAGGGUACACACUUCGUCCAGUGUCCAGCCAAGGCAAACCAUCGAUUCUGCUUCGUCUGUGCUAGACAGUAUCUCCUUCAGGAUGUCAGACCUUGGCUGCGCAAAGUUGCAGCCAGCGGUUUGCCGAAGAUCUACUGUCCCAGCGGCCAACUGUGCAUGCUGCCCGGCUCCAAGAGUCCCUGGGCUCUCAUGGAGUCGGAGAUUGCUGUCAUCUUGGGAGUGCAACCACCAAGCGCAUUCAAUUCCUCCGGCCUGCCUUGUGAAAAGCGUCCAGCUGCCUGCACAGACCUCAGCCAGGGAGCUGGACUGGGUCUUUCCUCGGAAACUUCCUCCAGCGGUGAAACUCAACGCGCCAAGAGGUCAAGGUCGGGCGACGAAAUGCAGGACCAAUCAAACACCAGAAUGAACGGCAGUAGAAGUAACCUGGAGUCAUCACAGACCUCGAAAGUGGCUACACCCGCAACCAGCUGCACUGAGACGGGACCUGCUUCCUCCCCGACGCUUAAACCCGCCUCCCUGCUUCCCGGUUUGAGUAAGGCGGAUGAUUUGCCGCUUACGCAGUCGCAUCCAUCUGCACACCAGUCGGUCUGAGAAGUCGUUUAGCGGCCCCCUGGUUGACUGCUUACUCCCCUUACAAUUACCGUCCUCUCUCCCUCCCUCCCUCUCCAGACAUUCUACCCACCCCUUUUUGUUUCCUUUCCUCUCGACUUUUACCCUCCGUCAGUAUAUACUCGUCUUUCUCCUUCUUCGCCUCCUCCUCCCCCUCCUCCAGCUCUUCCUCCAGCUCCUCCUCCAGCUCCUCCUCCUCCUCCUCCGUCUCCGAUCUUUAA